UGUUCGAGUUGCAUCUGUAUCCAUAAUCCACGUAUGUACACAUGUAUUUACAUGCUAAUGUUACUUUCAAGGGAAACUGCUACACUACAUUUUCGGAUUUCGGCUUUCUUCUUGUUCUUGUUCUCCUCUUAUUAGUCUUGCCUCUAUCCCUCUCUCUAUCUUUUUUCUCUAUGUUAUUAUGUUAUACGAGUUGAAGCUAUUCGAUUUGCGUAUCAUCAAUUGUAAAACUGAGUUGUCAAGCCAAAAUUAUAAAAAAAGCCACCAACCGUAUCGUGCCGUAUUGUGUCAUUCCCUUUCGUGGCUACCUGCCUAGUACCUAAAAGCAUGGCUCCUCGUCAUCCGCUGCAGAGGCUUGCAUCUCCUUCAAGACAACUAUCCAUGUUACUUCACUUAGCCGGCGUUGCAUCCUUUACGGCGUCGUUCAAUUUCCUCAGAACAUGGGAUACUCCGAUGUCCGCUGCAUUCGGAGGAAACUUUCAAUUCCUUACUAUCAUUGGCCUGGCCCUUGCACAAUGUACUUAUGCUGUUGGCUUGUUGGCUGAUGUUACCCUCUCCUCCCAGCUAUUCGGUCUCAAGAACGUGCUGUCUGUAUGUUCUGCGCCGUUGGCGAUAUUGAUCAGCAUUCUGUACUGGGGCCUUUGUGCCAUCGAUAAGAGUCUCGUGUUCCCCCCCGACUUUCAGCUCGACCUUCUUCCGGAUCUCGGGUUUCACGCGGCGCCGGCAUUGUUUCUUGCAAUAGACCUGCUCUUUCUCAGCCCGCCUUGGACUAUCAAUGGCUACUCAGCACUAGCUUUGAGUGAAUCCUUUGGGUUUUUGUACUGGUUUUGGGUGGAAUAUUGCUUCUCCCAUAAUGGCUGGUACCCGUACCCUAUCAUGGACAUCUUGAACACUUGGCAGCGCGCUAUCCUUUUCGCAGGCUCUGCCUUCUUAAUGACCGGAAGCACGGUGGUCUUGAAGUGGGUAUAUGGAAAGGUCAACGGCAUCGAGCAGUUCCAGAAAGAGGCGAUGGUCGAUCCCGCUGGGAUCCGAGCCAAGAAGGAAUGAAGAAGUGCACAUCACAUCACC